AUGGCAUCAAACAAAUUUGCUUUCUUCUUGGUUCUUUGCCUAUGUGUUCUCUCAACCGCAGAAUUUGGAAAAGCAAAAUUGUCAUUUGGAAAAGAAUGCCCAGAUCCAGACGGCAAGGACAUAAACAUGGAGUGUUUUAAUUACUGUGUAGCUCUUGGCUUCCUUGGUGGUUCGUGCCAUGGCUACAAACAUCACUUUAUAUGCGAUUGUUAUAAUUGA